UAUUGUGUAUGAGUUUAUAUGUAAUCGCCAUAUUUUAUUCUCUUGUAUCUCAAAGUACAAGCAAAUGCCUACUACAGUUCACUGCCAUAUAGCCGAUUCGCACCACCACCUCUCCGCCGCUGUCACGGCGGCGGCGGCGGCGGCGAGCAUCCACAAGCAGCCGCUGCCGACGUGGACGGUGCUGCUCCCAGACAGCUUGCUGCAGUACCACAUCCACGCGGUGGGGCCCAACCAGUGCUGCUCCGCCGUGGUGCAGGAGGUCUCCGCCCCGCUCGACGCCGUGUGGGCCCUCGUCCGCCGCUUCGACAACCCGCAGGCCUACAAGCAUUUCCUCAAGAGCUGCCACGUCGUCGUCGGCGACGGCAGCAGCGUCGGCACGCUCCGCGAGGUGCGCGUCGUGUCCGGCGUCCCGGCCGUCUCCAGCACCGAGCGCCUCGAUAUCCUCGACGACGAGCGACACGUGUUCAGCUUCAGCGUCGUCGGCGGCGACCACCGCCUCCACAACUACCGCUCCGUCACCACUCUCCACCACGCCGCCGCCUCUCCCGACAAGACGAUCGUCGUGGAAUCCUUCGUCGUUGACGUCCCGCCGGGGAAUACUAAGGAAGAGACCUGCGUCUUCGUUGACACCAUCGUGCGGUGCAACCUCCAGUCGUUAGCGCAUAUCGCGGAGAACUCCGGCCAGAAUCUAAACAUCGUCAAAUCUUCUUGUAAUUAAUACAUAAGUAAAUCAUAUGAACAAUGUAAACAUGGUUUCAUUUUAACUACUUUUCCGUUUCGAUUUUUGAUCUUGACGAUGAUCCACUGACUUUUUGUUCUAAA